AUCGGCCCGCUAUCCAGCCUUCGAUUGCCCCCUUGACCACUACUGAGAGACCCCUCUCGCAAAAAGUCAGAACCUGAAUCAAAACUCUAGCCACUUUCCAACUCAGCCACGCCGUAGCAGCGGCAGACUCCAACAGGACACGCGACGCCAACCGAGGAGACGAAGGAAGCCCACCGGAAGCAUCCUCGAACCUCCACAGAUUUCCAAGGCGGCGCGCGCUUGCUUCAUCCCCACCCGGUCGUCCUCGUCGCCGCAACCGCCGCCGUUUCUACAGGAAGCCGCGGCCACACCACUGCCGUCCUUCUGGUUCCGCAGAAAUACCCUUCUCUCCUCCCGCUGAAUCGCCUGGUCCGAGAGAGGAAGAGGGAGAGAGUCGCCAUGGGAGGGAGCCAAUCGAGGAAUAGCUCGCGGGACGGGAGCAGCCACGGGAGGUACGCCCACUCCGGGUCGUUCCAGCAGCCUGCGCCGCAGCAGCAGUGGGGAGCGGGAGGGUACCCCUACGGCGGCGACCCGCAGCAGGGGGGCUACUACGGCGCGCCACAGCAGGGAGGGUACGCGGCGCCGUACCCGGCGUACCCGCCCCCCGCCGCGACCCACACGCCGGCGCGGGCUGGAGGAGCCGCCUCCAAGCCGCGCCUGGACAGGCGCUACUCGCGCAUCGCCGACGACUUCCAGUCGGUGGAUCAGGUUACUGAUGCUCUAGCUCAAGCUGGACUCGAGUCUUCCAAUCUUAUUGUUGGCAUUGAUUUCACCAAGAGUAAUGAGUGGACAGGCAAAUUCUCGUACCAUGGACGUAGUCUACAUCACAUUAGCAGUGUACCGAAUCCUUAUGAACAAGCCAUCUCGAUUAUUGGACAAACAAUGUCAAAAUUUGAUGAAGAUAACUUGAUUCCCUGCUUUGGGUUUGGAGAUGCAUCAACACAUGACCAAGAUGUCUUCUGUUUUUAUCCUGACGAGAGACCUUGCAAUGGUUUCUCAGAAGCUCUAGAGCGAUAUCGGGAACUUGUUCCACAUUUGCGGUUAGCUGGGCCGACGUCUUUUGCACCAAUUAUUGAGAUGGCUAUGACCAUCGUGGAGCAAAGUGGUGGGCAAUACCAUGUUCUGUUGAUAAUUGCUGAUGGGCAGGUUACAAGGAGUGUAGAUACUGCAUCCGGGCAGCUGAGUUCCCAAGAGCAGAAGACCGUUGAUGCCAUUGUGAGGGCCAGUGAGUUGCCGUUAUCUAUUGUGUUAGUUGGAGUUGGUGAUGGCCCCUGGGACAUGAUGAAGGAAUUCGAUGACAACAUUCCUGCCCGAGCUUUUGACAAUUUCCAAUUUGUGAAUUUUUCGGAGAUAAUGUCCAAAAACAUGCCACAAUCAAGGAAAGAGGCUGCAUUUGCUCUGUCAGCCUUGAUGGAGAUACCACAACAGUACAAAGCAACUGUGGAAUUAGGAAUUUUAGGUCGCCGCUCUUUGAAGGCUCCGGAAAGGGUUCCUCUGCCUCCCCCUACUGGAAGCCAUGAUGCUUAUUCUUAUGGAUCUAAGAGCUUUAGUAAACCAAGUUACCCGCAGAGUAGUACAUCAUCAUCCUCGUAUCCUCCCUAUGAAACUGCACAAACUGCGACCCCUGCUGCACCGUCUUCUGCUUAUGACAAUCAGGUUUGCCCUAUCUGUCUGGUGAACCCGAAAGACAUGGCUUUUGGCUGUGGACACCAGACCUGCUGUGAUUGUGGACAGACCCUCCAGUCAUGCCCAAUCUGUCGCACUCCCAUCUCUACAAGAAUAAAGCUUUAUUAGCAGGUGGUGGUCUGGAUCAUCGCAAAUGGAUGGCACAAUGGAGACCACCCUGCUUCACCCUGGAUGAUGGAUAGCAAGCUCCAAGCGUAAUCCCUGGAAGUUUUGACCGGGUUGUAGAGGCUGCACUAGGCAUCGAUUUGCGUCAUCGAGGUUUGCAGGUCCGGUGAUCCACUGCUCCAAGAUGGAGCAGGAGAAUUGGCUUGCGCCCUGUUGAGGUUUGCAGGUCUGGUGGUCCACCGCUCCAAGGUGGAGCAGGGAUGUCUCGAGUAUUUGUGCCCAACCAAGAAUGUUCCGAACUGCAGUGCAAUAGAUGGAUUCCAGGAGUCUUCAGUGACUUCUGCCAUGCCAAAAAAAAGAUGAAAAAAAAACGAAAAGCGAAAAAAGCUGCUGAUGGAUCGAGAUUGUGUAUGCGGUAUGCCUCGGCGUGGUACUUGCAUGGUGUGUACAUAUGGCUAUUUGUUUUCAUCAGGAUACUUGACAUCAGGUUUAGAGAAUUCUUUUCACCCGAGAUUUGUUUUGUUGUUUGAUGCGCUUGUACAAAUCCGCAGUUUUCAAAUGAUCGAAAAUAAUAUUUCCUUUCUUUUUUUAUUUCCA